AUGCCAGGCCUUCCUACCGCUACGGAUGAGGAAGUCGGCUUCCAGCCGAUCCCGUCGAACCCCUUUCUCAAGCAACCCGGUUCUAUCCCAGGAUGGGCUUCCAAAGGCAAGUCGUGGGGUGCCUUCAUGUCGCCGACCGCCUAUGAGCCCAUCGGAAAUGAAGGGAUCAUUCACUUCAACCCUAUCAUCAUGGUCUUCAUAUCCCUCAUCAAGAAAGAGGACCUGACUGAGGCCAUCCGCUCGGCCAUGGAAAAGGUCCCGGACUUUAUGAGAAUCAUGGAGAUUGAGGACGCGCAGACCUUCUACAUCUUUGCGAACAAGAUGCUCAAGUGGACGCCUACCGAGAACGUCGAUGCCAAGGACAUUUAUGAUAUCCUGUGCCUCUUCUACUUCAUUCUCGACCAGCAGCCGCUGCUCCAGGACCAAACACCCAUCCACCCGAGCUCGGUCGGGCUGCCCCUGACCCCGCUCUCGAGCUGGAUCGUGGUGUUUGCGCAGCUUAUCGGCCUCUUCAUGGACACCCCCGCGUCUAUCAGCGAGGCAACGUUCCAGACGUUUGUCGACUCGCCAAAGUACAUGAUUAAGGAGGAGGCGCUCAUCCCCGAGGGCGGUUUCCGCACGUUCAACGACUUCUUUUCCCGACACCUCAAGCCGGGCGUGAGACCCAUCGCGGACCUUGACGAUGACAGGGUCAUCACCUACCCGGCGGACUGCACCUACGACAACUCGCUUCACAACCAGAGCAUCGUCAACAUUCAGGACACAGGUAUCAUUGAAAUCAAGGGCCUCCCCUGGACGAUCGGAACCCUGCUCCAGGGCAGCAAAUACGCAGACUGCUUCCACGGGGGCGUCUGGAUGCACGCCUUCCUCAACACGUUCAACUACCACCGGCAGCACGCGCCCGUCUCUGGAAUGGUCAUCGAGGCCAAGAACAUCCAGGGCGCGGCCUACCUUGAGGUUGACCAAAAGUGUCGUCCGAUCCGGAAGCUCUUCCUGACGGCCAAGGACAUCGAGGACGACCCGGCCUGCCGGCCCGAGGCGCCCGACUCCCCGGGGUACCAGUUCCUCCAGACGAGGGGCCUGAUCGUCAUCGACAAUCCGAUCCUUGGAAAAGUGGCCGUGCUGCCGAUUGGCAUGGCCAUGGUCUCGUCGGUCAAGCUAUCGGUCCGCGCGGGGCAGAAGCUCAAGAAGGGCGACGAGAUCUCGACUUUCCUAUUUGGCGGGUCGGACAUUAUCUGCGUGUUUGAGCCGCGUGCCAGGUUGACGCCUGAGCACUUUGUGCCGUCGCCGAAGGAUGACUACUCCAGAUAUGGGAGUGUGUUGGCGAGGGCGCCCGGGCAGGGCUCGAAUGGGACUUCGAACGGGCAGCAUUGA